UCUCUCAUUACGUUAUCUUCUCUCUCAAUUUUAGCCCUACUCUCUGCAACCUUAACAAAUUAAUCUCUCUCUCUCAUUUAUUAUUCUUCCUCUUCUUCUUCCCCUUCCCUCUCUCUUCCUCUCGCGAGCUUUCCUUCUGUAAAUUUUUCUUUCUAUAACCUCCUCUCUCCGAACACCUAAUCUUCGCUGAAUCUCUGAUCUCCCGGAGGACCCUCCAUUUUUCGCGACUCUCAUCUCAACCGAAGGAAGUUUCAUACAGAAGCAUAAAGUUUUCUGUUUCUUUUUUUGCCUUCACAAUACAUAGCAGUGUAUUUUUGGAUGGGAUCUUGUUUGAUCUCGCGUACUCGGAACCCUAAAUAAUAAGGAAAUCCUCCGAUUUGAUAUUAUUCACAGCGAAUUUACGCUUCGACCCGAGAGAUACACUGAAAUUAUACAUUUCUCCCUGAAUUCUUUCUCCUAAAUUUAUAUCCAUUAUCGCCACUUGGGGCCGAUCUGGGAGCAGAGGAAAAAUGGUGGGCGGUGGAAGCAGGAGAGACGAGGGGUCGAUGGUGAUCAACAAUACCAACGUGUUUGCGGCGCUCGAGACUCUGCGGAAGAAGAAGAAGUCCGAUAAGGACCGCAAGAGCAGUAAAGGUUCCUCUAAGGCCCAAACCGCAUCAGCGACGGCCCAGCCCAAGGAGCCCGAGCCGCAGGUGUAUUGGGCCCCGGCACCUUUGAAUGCCAAAUCGUGGGCCGAUGUUGACGAUGAAGAUGACGAUGACUAUUAUGCCACGACCGCCCCGCCCCAGGCAGUCUGGAGCGCGGCUGAUCAGCAUGAUCAGCAGAAUCAGGAGCAGGAGAGCCCUCUACAGGAUAGUGAGAGUGAAGAAGAUAUUCUUGAUGAAGAUGAUGAUGAUGUAGAGGAAGAGCAUGAACGUGAACCAGAUGUUCCUGUGCACCCUGAACCAGUAGGGAAGAAACCCCUUGAAGUUUCCGAGCGACCUAAGGAGUCGGAGAGGCAGCUUUCCAAAAAGGAGAGGAAGAAAAAGGAACUUGCAGAACUUGAGGCCCUUUUGGCUGAUUUUGGAGUUACCCAGAAAGAGAGCAAUGGUCAAGAUGAGUCCAGUGAUAUUGCACAAGAUAAGAAAGAUGGGGAGCCUAAUGCAGAUGGAGAGAAAAGGGAAAAUGCAGAGUCCAAAAGUUCCAAGAAAAAGAAAAAGAAGGAUAAAACUUCCAAGGAGGUGAAAGAAGCCCAUGAACAUCCCAACAACUCGGAUGCAACCAAUGGGCAAGAUGAAGCUGGUGUUACUGAACAGACAGAGGAGGAUGCAUCGGCUGUUGAUGUGAAAGAGCGGCUAAAGAAGAUGGCAUCUGUGAAGAAGAAGAAAUCUAGUAAAGAGAUGGACGCUGCUGCAAAAGCUGCUGCUCAAGAGGCUGCUGCAAGGAAUGCAAGACUUGCUGCAGCAAAGAAGAAAGAGAGGAACCAUUAUAAUCAACAGCCAAUGCGGUAAACUAGGAAUUUGUUGACAAACAGAGCUUCAACAUCUAUAUAGGAACAUGUAUCUCUCAAUGUUCAGAGGACAGUCUGAAAUAAACUUGGCUCUGGUUUUGUGGACGAUGGCUUGUAGUUGAUUGCCAUGGACUUAUAGAGGCUUCUCUUUUGGCUUUUUGGAUCUUAUCGUUGGUCAUUUGUUAUGGGACAUUUCAUUGUGGCAGUUUUGGUUCCUAAAUAUUCUUCCUUCGAAACUGGAAAGUAGUUCAACUUGAUAGCUGUGUA